AUGUUAGCAGCGGCUGCUCGACGAGGAACAAUGCCACAUACUCAUUGUCUAAAUACAAUGAUUUCAAAUACAUCAACGAAUAACAAGAAUUCCUUAACAUUUGAAAGUGUUGUAUGUACACAAUUAGAAUUAAAACGGCGUGCAGAGUCAUUUUCACGUCGUCGAAGUACAGUAUGUCGACGACCAUCAAUACAUAUUCCAACAAUAACAUCAUCAAAUCGACGUAUAACAUCAACAUCUGUACCAUUUAAAUCUCAACCAAAUGAUCGAGCAUCAAUAUCAACAGCAUCAGAUAUUUCAACACAAUUUUUAAGCAUAAAAAAUUUGAAUGAUGAUAGUAAAUAUAGACAAAUAUCAUUAACUUAUUCUAUUAUUCUUGCUACCUUAGGAGGUAUAGGUGGCCGACAAUCAAUUACUUCUAUGUUCUAUUGGGAUGGAUCAUCGAGAAAUGCUCCUACAAUACAAAAAAGUGAAUCACGUGCAUCGAAAUGGAGUAUUGAUUUUCAUAAAGAAACACCUCAUUAUGGUAGUUUACGUUCACGUUUAAUUGAAGAAUAUACUGAUUGUGAAUCAUUAUUUGAAUUUGUUAAAAAAACUAUACUUGUACUUAUGAAAACAAAAGGAGCAACAAUUUUUCUUGGUCUUCUUCUUAUUCUUCCUAUUAUAAUGAUGGGUAUUGGUGUUAGUCAUUUAAAUGAUUGUCCACGUCAAACAAAUUUACCAAUUUAUUUAUUUGUUGCUGGUAUUGUAUGGACAACAAAACUUCUUCAAAAUAUUUGGCAUAAAUAUCGUUUACAACAAAAAGUUUUAAAUGAUGAAGAACCAUCAUCUGAUCAUAAUGAUGGUCAUGCAUUUAUUGAUGCUUUAAUGACAUCAUUUCUUAUAAUAUGGUUUUUUUUAGGUCAUUAUUGGUUAAUAACUAUUGGAUAUCCACCACAUUUUGAACAAUUAUUAGAAAAUCCUGAUAUUUGGUGUCAUAAAACAGUUGUUUUAUGUGCACUAGCAUCUAUACUCAUAACUUAUUUUAUAUUAAUUACAUUUGUUAGUCUUGUUAUAUUUCUUGUAUCCUUUACUCGAUAUACAAUUAUUAAACGAGCUUCAACAAAUUACCAAACAUGUGUACAUCAAGCUCGUUCAGUGAGUAAUUUAGAUAAAUUUAUAAUUUGUCCAAAUUUUACAUACGCAUUUCAUGCUGAAUUGGAAAUUAAUUUAAAUUGGAAUUUUAAUGAUAGUUUAGAACGAUGGUAUCUGUAUUUUACAGAUAUUCCUCUACCAAUAGGUUGGAACUAUGAUCCUCAUGUGAAUGAUUAUACUCCGGCUCAAGUAUUUUUAUAUCCACAUGAUAGAUUAAUAAUAUCUCAUAAUGCAAAAAUAAAAUAUCGUUGUUUAAAUUGUCGAAAUGAAUGGACAACAGCACGUGGCAGAGCUAUAUUUCAAGCAGCAAUCCCAAGAAUUUAUCAAUAUAAUAUUUUGUAUAUAAAAUUAUGUACACAACAAUGUCGAUUAUGUGGAAGCGAAAUUCAACCAUCGUGGUAUUUAAGUGAAGCAACUCGAGUUAUGAAAAAUGUAUGUCGAAUACUAAUAGAACAAUUUUAUUCACAUCGAAAUUUUACAUUACCAAUAUUUCAAUAUUCUUCUUCUUCUUCCGAAGAAGGACUUCAACAACGAACAAGUCAAGCAAGUGGUCCUCACCAUCAACAUUUAUGUCGAGCUUGUCAUGAAGGAUAUUGCUUUGGUUCUCAUCGACAAUAUCAAGGAAGAAAUUAG